UGGUCCUCUUCUUGCUUUCUGUUCUGCUCAUCAUCGGUCACCAAUUACUUCCAAAGAAGCUUCGUUCUUUCUUCAUAGAUAUUUCCCAUUUCAAAAUGGCAUCAUUCGAGUACAAUAUAGCAUGGAGAGUUAUUCUGUCUGUUCUCUUCUUGAUCUCGUCGGAUUCGCGAAGCAGGGUUGUCGGAGCUCCUCAAGUCCCGUGUUACUUCAUAUUCGGAGACUCGCUCGCCGACAAUGGGAACAACAACGAUCUCGAGACUCAGGCCAAAGCAAAUUAUCCUCCUUAUGGGAUCGACUUCCCCGAGGGCGCGACAGGAAGGUUCACCAACGGUCGCACAACCGUCGACAUCAUUGCUAAACACCUAGGGUUUGAAAAAUACAUUCAACCCUUUGCUACUGCAAAAGGCUGCGAGAUACUCGUCGGCGUGAAUUAUGCAUCCGGUGGGGCGGGCAUUCGAGAUGAAACAGGACAGCAACUGGGCGAUCGGAUCAGCUUGAACCAUCAAUUGCAAAACCAUUUGGUCACGAUCUCGCGCGUCAGAGAAAUGUUGGGAUCGAAUGCUACGGCAUACUUAAACAAGUGCAUAUACACGGUAGGAAUGGGAAGCAACGAUUACAUCAACAACUACUUCAUGCCAGAUGUAUACCAGACCAGCGAGCUUUACAUGCCCGAGCAAUACGCCGAUGUACUAAUCGAGCAAUACCGACAACAGUUGAAGACCCUGUAUUCAUAUGGAGCAAGGAAGGUGGCAAUAUUUGGAUUAAGUGUGAUAGGUUGCGCCCCAGAAGAAAUAUCGAGAUUUGGGACCAAUGGAUCUCUGUGCGUCGACAAGAUCAACAGCGCGGUUAUGUUAUUCAACGACAGGCUCAAAACCCUCGUUGAUGAGCUGAAUAGCAACCUCGCCGAUGCUAAGUUCACCUACAUAGACUUUUUCGGAAUCUCCAUGGCUGGACUUCCAGCUCUCCGACUUGCAAGUUCAACCUGUUGUAAGGUUCGGGAGGAUGGCAUGUGCAUUCCCUUCGAAACUACAUGCCUGAUUAGGAUGUUGCACCCCUUCUACGACGCAUUCCACCCCACGGAGACGGUAAAUUUGGUGUUUGGUGCAAGAGCUUACAAAGCUUUGCUUUCUUCUGAUGCUUACCCUUUCGAUAUUCAUCAUCUCGCGAUGCUCUGAAGAAGGAGAUAGAGAGAUUAAGCACUCGUGUGCGUGCAUAUUAAUUCAAUAUGGCUUCGGUUGAUAUUGAUAUGGUUGUUCACUAGAAUCUCCAACUCAAUUUGACAAAUUUUUAU